AUGGUCAGCGACUUUUUCUUUCCACAGCCAGGCGGUGUUGAAAGUCAUAUUUACCAAUUGUCUACGAAACUCAUCGACCGCGGCCACAAAGUCAUCAUCAUCACGCACGCCUACAAAGGCCGGACAGGAAUCCGUUACCUCACCAACGGCCUCAAAGUCUACCAUGUCCCAUUCCUCGUCAUAUACCGCGAGGCAACCAUGCCCACGCUUUUCUCCUUCUUCCCCAUAUUCCGUAACAUCAUUGUCCGCGAACAAAUCCAGAUUGUCCACGGUCAUGCCAGUUUGAGUAGUUUCUGCUGCGAAGCGAUUCUGCAUGCGCGCACCAUGGGGCUACGUACGGUGUUUACGGAUCAUUCGUUGUUUGGGUUUGCAGAUGCAGGAUCGAUUCUUACGAAUAAGUUGUUGAAAUUUAUUCUUAGUGAUGUCGACCAUGUGGUUUGUGUUAGUCAUACUUGCAAGGAGAAUACAGUCCUUCGAGCAUCGUUGGAUCCAUUGAUGGUAUCCGUUAUACCAAACGCAGUCGUCGCAGAAAACUUUCGCCCGUUAUCAUAUCCGUCCACAGACGGUGCUAACGGAAGUCAAGCGCCACGACCGACUCCUCGAAUCAUCGGACCCAACGACACUAUUACGAUCGUCGUGAUUUCACGACUCUUCUAUAACAAGGGUAUUGAUCUGCUGAUUGCAGCGAUACCUCGUAUUCUCAAAUCCCACCCGAAUGUACGGUUUAUUAUCGGCGGGUCGGGACCUAAGGCGAUUGAUCUAGAGCAAAUGCUGGAACGGAACAUGUUGCAAGACAAGGUUGCAAUGCUUGGUCCUGUACGGCACGAGGAAGUGCGAGACGUCAUGGUUCAGGGAGAUAUAUAUCUACAUCCCAGUUUGACAGAAGCAUUCGGCACGGUGUUGGUCGAAGCUGCAAGUUGUGGUCUGUAUGUUGUCUGUACGCGUGUUGGAGGUAUACCAGAAGUACUCCCACAACAUAUGACGACGUUCGCAAAACCAGAAGAAGACGAUCUUGUCCAGGCAACCGGUAAAGCCAUUGCGGCGCUUCGAUCUAAUAAAGUGCACACGGAACGGUUCCACGAUCAAGUGAAGAUGAUGUACUCCUGGACCGAUGUGGCUCGUCGCACUGAACGAGUAUACAAUGGUAUCUCGGGAGCUAUCAGCGAACUCGAAUUCUACGGCCACUAUCCAGGCGCAGGCUGGGACGCUGUGCGCGGCCGCACGCGAAGUUUUGCGCUGAUUGACCGGUUGAAGCGAUACUAUGGAUGCGGUAUAUGGGCGGGGAAAUUAUUCUGCAUGUGCGUUGUGAUUGAUUAUCUGUUGUAUGUGUUUUUGGAAAUGCUUUGGCCGCGGGCCAAUAUCGAUAUUGCGCGUAGCUGGCCGAAGAAGAAAGUACCGCAUCCGGAUGCGGCUGCAGCUACGAAAGGGAAUAUGACGAGGAGUACGAGGGAUCGACUUCGUGCUGGAUGA